CACACCCAAACACAGCAGCUCAUCCUGCACUUCAGCAGGAUGGCCCUGACCGAGCAGAGUCAGCUGGAGCAGAAUCACCUGUACAUGGCCUACGCUGGCAUCAUGGCCAAGAGCUGCCACAUGGGGGAAGGGGAGGAGGAAGAGGAGAAGGAAGAGGCCGAGGACUCAUUCGAGGAGAAGGAGAUGGAGAAGCAGAAGCUGCUGUCCCAGCAGCACACGUGGGGGGCGGCCGAGAUGGUGCUGCAGAUGAUCAGUGCCUGCAAGGGUGAGUGGGGGGCCACGGGAGGCUGUAACACACACAUGACACACGUCACACACAUGACAUACGUGUGUGUCCCCCCAGGUCCCUGCAGGGCCAGCAGCUUCCUCUGCACAUUUGAGGUGAUAAAGCUGCUCUAA